GACAGAGUGAAGCCACAUGGAGACAUGAUGAGGCCAGCUCAGGCCCAUGAUGAGCAUCAGAAGGCAGCUCUGGCUGAGCAGCUCAGAGGGGCUGAUGGGAGAGCUGCACUUUCACAGGAGGAGAGUCACACAGAAUCACAAAAUCUGGGGGAAUAUUCUGCAGAGAGAGGAGUGAAGACUGAGGGAGGGAACUCACCUAAACUCGCCUCCUCUGGUACUGUCCUGUUCAGCACUCCUGUGUCUCCAUCUGCUGCCUCACCCACAACAGGACAUGAAGAGGACACCACCCACACCCCAUCUGCUGCUCCACCCAAAACAGAAAAUGAACAGGACACCACCCACACCCCAUCGGCUGCUCCACCCAAAACAGGACAUGAAGCGGACACCACCCCCAGCCCAUCUGCUGCUACACCCAAAACAGAAAAUGAACAUGACACCACCCACACCCCAUCUGCUGCUUCACCCAAAACAAGACAUGAAGAGGACACCACCCCCACCCCAUCUGCUGCUCCACCCAAAACUGGACAUGAAGAGGACACCACCCACACCCCAUCUGCUGCUCCACCUGAGGAAGAGGACACAGGAAGAGGCGCAGGGUCUUCUGAUGAGGCUGGAGAUCAUGAGGAGAACCCCUCUGAUGCUGAGGACGAUCAGCUCACCCCCAGAACUCCUGCUCCCACAGGUCCUCCCUGCACCGCUCCAUCUCCUCUCAGCCCAACAGCACAUCCAGCCCAGGAGCCUCUCUCCCCUGAGGAAGAGGAGGAGGAAGGGCCCACUGGGCAGUCAGUCACAAUGCAGGGGGACAUUAUAAUGGACUCACCAAGAAAGCAAUCAGUGUCAUCAGAUAAAGAUGGAGAUUCCACCUCUGACAAUGAAGAAUUUCAUCUAGCUUCUGAAGAUCUUCAUGGCACAGAUCAUACAAACACCCCUCUAUCUUCUCUCCAUCAGAAUGAGACUUCAGGACAGAGUCAGGACCAGGAAGAGGAAACACGAGCAGAAUCUACUGGUGAGGCUGGAGCCAAUCAGACAGCAGGAUCCCAGAGGCAGAGAGAGGAGAGGAGGGAGCAGGAUGGAGGUAAAGAUGAGGGAGGAGCUCAGCCCAGUGGGGCAGGAGGGGGAGGAGAUGAGACCUCAACAGCAGAUCCAGCCCUGGAGCUGCCCACUCCAGAGGAAGAGGAGGAACUUCAGGAACAGGGUGGAGACAGUGAUGGCUCAGCCCAGGAUAGUGAGGCAGGAGGGGGAGGAGAUGAAAACCCAACAUCAGGUCCAAAUCUGGAGCUCACCAAGACCUCUGAGGCAGAGGAACAGGAAGCAGGAAGAGAGGAGAGGAAGGAGUCUCAGGACAGAGGGGUGAAGUCUCCCCCAAAAACACCCCCUACAUCAGCUUUACCCCCUAAACCCCCCAGAUCCUUUACAUUACAGGAAGGAGAUAAAAUGACUGCAGGAGCAGCUCCAUAGACUGAGAACAUGAGAGCAUUUAAAGCUAAACUGAACUCUGAACAAAACAUAAAACUGUAAGUGUUUAAGCCAUAUCACUAUCUCCCUCGGGGUUCUGUUUUGUGACGGCCGGAAGCGCGUCACGCCAACGAUGCGUCUCCGUUCUCUGGGCGGGAGUGGAGCCCCGGCACAGACUUCAUAUGUUAUCAUGUAGAAAAGACAAUAAAGAAUGCAAAAGGUCUCAAUGGUCAUUGCUAGUCGGAAUAUGUUCCGAAUAUUAUAUUUGUUCUGAUGAAAAAUUGCCACUUUUACUGUUCACUGAACUAGGUAGGGUGAUGAAUUCCAUCACAUUUACUAUCUGGCUGUAUUCCUAUUCGGACAGACAUAGUGACAUUGUUUUAGUUAACCAAAGUACAAUUUAGUUCAAAGUUCUAACAUUUUGUGUCGGCCAUUCCAACAAGCAGAAACUACUGCUAGGAGACCAAAGAAAUAGGCCGUUUGUUUGCGUUGUACUGGAAGCCCAUAGCUACUGUUAAAGUCAGGCCCAGUAAUGCAAUGCCUGUUUAUGCUAUGAUGAUGAUGUUGCAAGCUAAGCAAUGCAUGAAGCAAGAUUGGAAGAUAGCUAGCCUAUUGUAACUGUGCCAAGUCUCACCUACUGAUACCAAACUUGGCAUUCGCUUCCAAAUACUGUAAAUGUAAUGAUGUUCAUUACAACCUGUCCAACCAUGUAUUCUGCCAUGAAGAUAGCCUACUGAUACUGCAGUGCAUUUAGGUUCUUCAUAGCAUCUCUAGCUACAGUCUUGAUAGAAUAACCAAAAUUUUAGCGGUUGUAUUAUUCCCACACCACUGUCUGUUCUCAGUAUUUAUGCCUUUUGGCCCCAUAAAGACCACAGACCUCAUCACUGCCUCAUCAUCUUUGUACAUCCAGCAGCAGAACACAACACUAUAUAACAUCAAUACAGCACACUGACUAGAUUAGUGCUGAGACUGCCAUCUUACAGCAUCAAUGCCAUCGAUAGGUCUUGGGUGUUGGGUGAACCUUAAUUGUUGUCUUUGUGAUUUACGUUGUGUUUCGGUAUUUUUAGUUGGCUAGGUAAGCAGUAUUUGGAUAGUUACGUUUGGUUACUUUUGCUUUGUUGUUUGUUUGUUUAUUUGUUGUUAAAAAUAAAAUAAAAUAAAAUAAAGAAA